GGAAAAACAUGUUCUUGCACCAGGCAGGAGUCCUGGAGCUGUGGAACUCAUUGCCACUGAAUGGCCUGUCGUUGCCCGUAGCAGAGAAACAAACGUGUUUUGUUAGCUGCAAGACAGGCCAUUGGUCUGUCUAGCUCAGUGCUGUUGACGCUCUCCACGGUUUCAGGCAAGGGCAUCUUUUCCCUUUCCCUCCUGGAGAGGCCAUCCAAAUCAUUCAGCAUCCAAAUUGUUCCUGUUUCUCCAGAAUGACCCUGGGGCCUUUCUGUAUGCCAAGCAAGUGCACUACCACAGAGCUACAGCCUUUCGCCUUGCUGUCAUCUUCUCUGAUUCUUUUCAAACUGGAGAUGCCAAAUAUUGAUCCUUGGAACUUCUGCAUGCGAAGCAACCACUCUGCCACUGAGCUCCUAUCCCUGCCUAGAGCCUGCCUCACCGGAUGCACGGAAUGUGGUCCUCAGCUGGCAGGUAAAUCUGUAGACGCAUGGCCGUAAACCUGCAAAGGGUGGAGUUCAAUGGCAAUGACAUGCAAAAGAAACCGUUUGCGACAAUUCAAUCAGAGAGUGAACAUAUGCCAAAGGACCCUUUGCAGCAACCGUAAUUGGUGAUGGCCCGGUCCUCUUUAACAUUGCUGAAAAUACCAUUUGAACUAGAAUGUUUGCAAAAGGAACACAGGGAUCCUUCGCAACAGCAGACCCAACAAUGCUGCUGAGCGAAUUCACACCUCUAGUGGGAUGGGACACCCUUGCUUCUAUUCAGAGCCAUCCUUUCAGUAAGCUGCAAUUUAGCAGCAUCAGGUUGUGAAGAUCUGAAGAUGCUUUGUCUCAGGAUGACUCUUUCCUCUCCCCUCCCAUUUUGCCCUGGUUGAUUGUCCUUACGAUUCUGCAACAGGGAAACUCAGCUCUUUCAGCCAGGGAUGACAGCCCUGUUCUGGAGAAGCCAAGAUCCUGGGCUGUGAUGAGGACUCUGCCGGUGGAAUCCUGGGGAACAGGUUUGAGCCACGGUGUCUGUUCUGUCUGGAUGGAGUCAGGAAACCCCACCCACCGCUGCAACGUAUAAUUUUCCUAAAUGUAACACUUGCCGUUCACUGGUGUUGACUUGCCUCACGCUCCAGCAGCCACAGCCUUCCCAUUCCUCGUUUGGCUGCAGGUGCACGGAGAGCCAGGCACCAUGGCCUCGAUGGGGAUGCAGAUCCUGGGCAUCGCCCUCUCCAUCAUCGGUUGGCUGGGCAGCAUCCUCUGCUGCGGGCUUCCCAUGUGGAAAGUGACUGCCUUCAUCGGCAACAACAUUGUGGUCUCCCAAAUCAUCUGGGAUGGCCUGUGGAUGAACUGCGUGGUCCAGAGCACCGGGCAGAUGCAGUGCAAGGUCUUCGAGGCCAUGCUGGACUUGUCGCAGGACCUGCAGGCUGCCCGGGCCCUGGUCAUUGUCGCCAUCAUGCUGGCAGCGCUGGGCAUCUUCUUCUCCAUCAUUGGCGGGAAAUGCACAAACUGCUUCGAGGAUGAAGCAACGAAGGCCAAGAUCAUCAUUGUGGCUGGAAUCACGUUCAUCCUGUCUGCCAUCCUCCUCCUCAUCCCUAUUUGCUGGACCGCCAACACCAUCAUCCGGGACUUCUACAACCCGGUGCUCUCCCAGAGUCAGAAACGGGAGCCGGGGCCUUCUCUGUAUAUCGGCUGGGCGUCCUGUGGCCUCUUGCUCAUCGGGGGAGCCUUGCUGUGUAGCAACUGCCCCCCGAAAAAUGAGAAGUCAUACUCAGCCAAGUACACAGCAGCCCGCUCGGUGCCAGCCAGUAACUACAUCUAACGAUCAUCCCGUCUGGGAACCUUUCCACCGAGAAGGUGGAUCCAAGUGACUGAGUAGGUUCUGCGGCAGCAAGAGACCCUCCUUUGCCCAAGACCUCUGCGCAUUUGAUCUUGACUCUGGAAGCAGGUGUUCAUUUCCUACGUUCGCCAUCUUUGAACCAGGCCCCUAAAAAGGCAAAAGGGUGACCAGACUGUUGGGUUGACCGCUACCACCACCCAAAGCAUGCUGGGAACUGGCUUCCACCGCACCUCCUUCAAGCCACAGAAGAAGAGCGACCUUUAGCGCCAUCCGGCUGAUGACAGCUUGCUGAGUAGGCCUCGAACUGUCAAGCGAGAUGUCAAUGCAUAGCCCGAAUGGGCAGCCCAGUGACAGAUGGGGGGGUUGCGGGGUUUGGGGGGGGCUUGGUUCCAGGGGCAUUUCUGGGUUUGCCUAGCAGUUGAAGACAGAUCUCCAUAUCUGGCAUGGAUUGGCGGUGUGAUGGUUGCAGCCAGUACUAGUUAAUGCAGAGUUUAAGCUGCUGAGAGCGUUGUGUUUGAGGCCUUGGAUGUGGCCUGGGAACCCACAAAGACUCUUAAGGAUGUUCAGGGUCCAUUUCUGGCCCACUUUCUGUUUGGUUAGUGACUAUCCAAUGAUUGGGGCAGUGUUUUUUGGGGGGGAGGGGAUGUUUAAAGACAAACCAGCCUUCCCCAACCUUGGGGCCGCCCAGAUGUUUUGGACUGCAAUCCCCAUGGGCACUGGGAACAGCAGUCCUGACCAUCUGGAGGACACCAGAUUGUGGAAGGCUCAACGCCCUCCGUCCCUAAAAAUAAAGAGCCCAGUCUGUGCAGUGACCCAGCCUCAAUUUGCCGGUGCAAGUUCUGAAAAUGCAUGGGCUUUCCCAGGUGUAAGGUGCUCGGAGAUCAAGCGGAAGCGCAUCCAGGUGGCUGUAUAUGUCUUAGAAGAAAUGGCCGGCGGCUCAAAAACUAGAGAGGCGAAUUAGGUCUCCGCUCGCAGGUCCUUAUGGCCAUGCAUAGAGAGAGGCCAGGGGACUCAGGUUUCUCCCAAGGCAAGGCUGUGAAUUUAAGCUAUGCAAUGAGGGGGAAAUAUGGGUACUUCCAGAGGGGGGAGGCUUAAUUUGCAAAGGGGUUGUUGGCAUAGGUAAAGGGGUAAUUUGCAAAGGGGUUGUUGGCUAAAGUUUUCCACAGAAAGGGUAAAUCUGGAUGAAACAGGGUGAAAAUACGGGCUGGCAUUUUGAUACCGAUGACGUCAUGUAGGCUUUGCCUAAAGCCCGCGUGUAUUAACAGCACUGACUGCACAUUGAACAUCCCUCUGGAUGCCCCCGUAGUCUGGCAAGCAAAUGAGGUGUUUUGCCGUCGUCCCUGACACGUCUCUCAGUUGAAACCGGGUCAGCCAGACCUGGCAUGUGUUUUCAGUGCUGGGGCCAACAUGCAAUAAUUGAAUGAGGAAGGGCCAUUUACCUACCAGCGCUUUUAAGCUGGCUGCACGGGAUAGUAUCUCUGACCACGUGCAGAGUGCCUUCCCCACACUACUGAGCAAACACAGAGUGUCUCCUCCUCCAAUUUCUCUAUUAGAAAGGUGAGAUUCACAGGACGGUGUUGGCCUGUGUGACAAGUAAUAUAUUUUCACCCUGUCUGGCUUUAUAGUCUAUACCAAGGAGGGUUCAUCCAUCCAGGGCUUUGAUCUGAAGGGCGGCUUCUUGAAGGCCCAACCGACUUUGAAAUUCAAGGCACUGUCAUGAAGCGCAUGUCUCUGAGCAUGUGCGAAGUGUCUCCCACACACACACUGGAAAACCCUAGAGUUGUGUCGGGUUUUUUGGUAGGGAGUUUAUCUAGGUUGAGCCCCAGCGCCUCUCAUUCUCCCAAAUGUUUGCACGGCCCAGGUGAUGCUGUGAUGUGGCGUGCUCCUCCUGACAGGCAGGCUUUUUGUAUUCUGUACCUGUCUGCACUGGUGACACCAGAGCUGGAAGAAGGAGCCGGCGGCUUUUCAAUUUGGCAUUCUGGUGCAUGUUUGUGUGUUUCCACAUUUUUUUCAAAUGAUCUAAAUGCUUUAAAUAAAUACUAAACGCUCCCCCCA